UCGACAUAAAAAACCUACAUUAUGGACAGGUAGACAAUUUAAGAAAAUUCUUUAUAGAAUGACCAGAAACUAGCAAAAUACACAAAGCAAUCACUCAUAUAAAUACAUCAGCUACACCAUCGCAAUUUCAUAACCACUUCUACAGCCCUUUAGAUCACAUAACAUCAACAGAUACAAAGAAAGUAAAUUGGAAAAAGGAAACACUACAUGGUAAGCACCCAUAUCAUCUAACACAGCCACACAUCGAUCAAGACACAUCCAAUACAUGGCUAAGAAAAGGUAAUAUAAACAGUGAGACGGAAGGAUUCAUGAUUGCAAUACAGGAUCAAACAAUACCACAACAAAUAAAUGCAGACUUAGCAAACAACAAAUAGAAACAGUAGAUCACAUCACAAGCAGAUGUACAAUACUAGCAAAUACAGAAUACACCAGAAGACUUGACAAUGUAGCAAAAAUAAUAUAUCAACAGCUUGCCAUACAACAUGAACUAAUAAAACAACACAUUCCCACAUACAAGUAUGCACCACAAAGUGUGCUGGAGAAUGAUGAAUACAAAUUAUACUGGAACAGAACCAGUAUAACAGAUAAAAAAACACCACAUACAAACCUGACAUCAUACUCACCAAUAAAAAGAAGAAAUUAACACAACUAAUCAAAAUAUCCAUACUCAAAUAUACAGAAGAAAACAGGAGAAAAAAUUGAAAAAUACAUCCAACUGGCUGAGGAAGUCAAGGACAUGCGGCAUCAGGAUAAGGUUGACAUUAUACCAAUUAUAGUAUCAACUACAGGAGUCAUACCACACAAUACCCACCAGUACAUCAACGCAAUACAGCUACAUCCAAACGUAUAGAUACAAUUACAGACAUCUGUAAUUAUUGAUACAUGCUCCUAUUACCCGAAAGUUCCUAAAUGCAAUGUAACAUAUACCGUACAGUUAAAAGGAAGUCAUGCUUGAUCAAGGUCCACGUCACAUACCAUUUUUAACCAGACAUAACGUCUGAGAAAGGAAAGAAGUAAUAUGAAAAGAUAGUUGCUAUUCACCAUAUGGCAGAGAUGCCAAGUUGCAGAUAGGCACUCAUCUCCACUACACGGUGAGUAGCAACUAUCCUUUUCAUAAUAUUAAACAAUUUUCAUAACAUUGUUACAUUCCAUCCUGGAUUUUUGAUUGUUUAAUAACAGUAAUAAAUGGUUUAUUUCUCCAUAAUAACUUUUACAGUCAAGGACAUAAUCUGUUUAUAAACAUAUAACAUUAAAAUGAGUUUAAAAAUAAGGAUACAUUAUACACAGUAACAUUAAAAAUCCUUGAUGGAGUACAAACAUUUAUCAAUUAACUGUUCCUUUAAUUUUUGUCUAAAAUACAUUUCCAUUUAACAGUUUUAUGUUAUUUGGCAGUCUUUUAUGGUCUAUGAUCUGUUGCUCUUUUAUUACUUAAUUUUAUGUGGUAAUCCUCUCCUUUUCUUGUAUUAUAAUUAUGGAUUUCCCUACUGGUUAUAUUAUGCUCCAUAUUUUCUUUUACAAACAGUAUAGUCCUGAAAACAUCGAGCGAAUACUCUGUUAGUAUGCUAGGCUUAAUGAAGUAUUCUCUACAGGACUGAUAUUUACUAAUAUUAGCUAUUAUCGUAACUGCUCCUUUGUGGGCUCUGAAAGCCCUAUACAUGUAAACCAUUGAUGCCCCACCCCAAUCUCGAUACCAUAUUGUUGGUGGGAGUGCUUAAUUCCAAAACAGAUUUGUCUUAAGACAGGUGAUGAUAUUACACUUGAAAGGCGUUUAAGCAUUUAGGUGCUACAGGAGGUCUGUUUUACACGUGUAACAGAUGUGCUCCUUCCAUGUAAAAUGUUCAUCUACUGUAAUAUCCAGGAAUUUAUGUUUCUCAAUUGUUUCAACUCAUAACUCUGGUUCACCGUCCACUUGUCUUGAUUUAUAAUGUAGUAGAAACUGCAUCAGAAUUGCCUUUGCCUAAUUAAGUGCUACUUUGUUUUCGGUGAGAUAUUCUGCAAUGAGACUGACGUUCUCUGCAUCAUUUUGCACACCUUACUGUUUUGUAGAGCUCCAGCUUAUGAAGGAGGUAUCGUCAGCAUAAUUUACUAGGUUUGAAUUUUGAGGAAUUAAUAUAUCACUGAUGUCCACAAUACACAGAAGUGGCCCUAUAAUACUUCCCUGAGGGACUCUACAGUUAAGGAUUUUAUAAGAUGAUUUUACUGUUUGUACAUGUUCCCCAGUUGUAUGAUACACCUUAACACAUUGACCCCUGUCAGGAAGGUAAGAUGUUAACAAAUCUAAUGCCACCAUCCUAACUCCAAAAGUUUCUAAUUCAUACAGAAGAAUACAAUGACUUACAGAGUCAAAAACCUUGGAUAGGUCUAAAAAGGUGUCUACAAAUUUGUUUCUGUCAUCAAGUUUAUUCAAUAUUGCUUGAAAAAAUGUAGCUACAGCUGGUACUUCAGACCUGCCCUUCCUGAAACAAUGCUGACAGUUUUUUAAUAGAUUGUACUUACAGAAAAAUGAUUCCAGUUGAUCAGUACGUUGCCUUUCUAACACAUUAUAAACUAUUGACGUCAGUAAAAUAGAUCUAUAAUUUUGUAUAUCAGUGACUGCUCUGCACUGAUCUUAUCUCAGUGACUUUUAGCGUAUCAGGAAAUGACCCCCGAUUGUGAUGGCUCGUUUUUGCAAUUUGAACAUAUUUACCACAUUCUGUGCAUUUGUGCCACAGAAUAUUAUGCCAUAACUGAUAUUAGAAUGUAUGUGUGCAUAGUAUGUUGCUCUUAGGCACGAGCUAUUACACACUGUGGUUACUAGUCACAAGGCAUAGCAUAUAGUGCUAAUUCUUUUUCCUAGUACCCCAAUAUGUUCAUCCCAUUUUAUACAUACCGUAAAAUUUUGCGCGCACUACACUCUCUAGGGAUUUGUUAUGUAUUUUAAGUUUUGUUAUAUUAGGUUUGUAUUUAUGUAGAAGUUUAUGUUAUUAGCCUUUUUUACAUUGAAGAGUUACUUUAUUCUUACUUGACCAGUUGUGAACCACCCUAAGUGUCUUUUCAGCAUUUACUUCUAACAUUUCUAAGUGUCCUUUCUGUAAUAAUCAUACUGCUGUCCUCAGCAAAUAACAUGGUUUCUCCUCAUGUAAACCACAGUGAGAAGUCAAUGUAUAUUAGAAACAGUACUGGGUCUCACACGCUCCCUUGAGGAUCUCCGGUGUUCAAGUAUUCUGUGUCUGAAAUAUGUUUCACCGUAUUGUUAGAGCCACUUGAAAUUUAGGAUCUCUACCCUCUGCACAUUGUCUGCUAGAGAAGGCCUAAACCAUUUAUUUACCACCCCAUCUCCCUUAUUUCUAGUGCAUCAAGUUCACCUACAAGUAUUUCAUGAUCAACUGUGUCAAAUGCUUUACUGCCAUCUAGGAUAAUGCUUGUUACUUGUUCUCCUUUAUGUAGGGCUUCUAACACCGCUUUUGUAAAUCUUGCUAAAGCAGCUUCUGUUCCCUUCCCAGACCUAGUCGAAUUGUACACCUCACACAGAAGUUGGUAUUUAUUUAAAUAAUCCACAAGUCUGUUUUUCAUAAUAGUUUCUAUCACUUUUGCAAAGGAAGACAGUAGUGGAACUGUUCUGUAAUUCUCUAUAUUAUCUGUACCACCUUUCUCAUGAAUGGGAAGUACUUCUACCUGCUUUGGUAAUUAGACAAGUAACAUGCUAAUGCUGUCUUCAGUAGUCACAUUUUAACUUCAUCUUGACUUGUGGGCAUUUUACUCCAAAGUUUAUGUAAGAUCCUGCUGAUUUCCUCCUCACAGACGGUUAGCAGCAGCUGUGUAAGGUCCAUAAUUAGUUGUAGCUGUACGUUGCAUUUCACAUACAAGUACGUAUGAGAAUAGAUAUCGCGUUCGAGAGAACGUCAUAUUUCUCGUUUCAAUCUUUAAGAACGCAAGAAAGUAAGUUUACAGUUUUAAUACGUAGAUUCAAAUCUAUGGGAAGAAAACAUGUCAUGGCCUGACAAAAUAAGAGGUUAAUAUCUCACCCUUCGCUUCUAGCACAAUUACACGCAGACUUGGGUCCUUCUUUAAAAUCCUAUAUGCUGCUGUCAAACCCGACAGCCCAGCACCAAUAAUCGCAAUAUCAACAGCAGUGUAGAGACGUCCAGACCAACUUUCUUGCGACAAAAGGGAGUUACUCAUUUUCAGUAACAAACUGCCAUCUGUUUCACCAAUACAUCAGCGAUUAUUAGCAUUUGCUGAUAUAAAGUAGCCGCUAGCUUAAAUCAGGUGCUCCAUGGUGCAUAAUACCUCCUUGGGCUCGCGUAUUUAUUGUAUUCACAGAUAAUCGUCUAAGCAAUUCUGCAGUGCAGAUGUUAGGGGGCGUACAGAAAGAAUUUCAGCCCUGCGCAUUUACACUUUAUGACGUAUUUAUUAACGACACAAUACACGUCCAAGGUGAGACUUUAGAAAGCGCUGAUUAACUAACGCGUGUAAAAUCAGUCUUGUUACACCAUAUCGAAAUCAGUAAAUGAUCACAGAUGUAUUUGUUUGCAACAAUCAUUCCAAAGAUAUUCGUAAGUGUUUGCUAAAAGCCGCUGAGCAGUGUUGUGUGUGGGAACUGGGAAGAUCAUUUAAUUGCUGGAAUGUAGACACAUGUGUCAGCACAACAAAAUUUCGUUCGUAACGUGAGAUAAGUGUGUAACGACUGCUGGUGAUUCAUUCGAAAACUGAUAUGUUGGAAUCGUGACAAAGUGAGAUGGCUGGAAGAGAACGGGAGGAAAGUGCCAAUCAGCUAGUAGGUGCGACGUCCAGGUUAGAUGAAGAAAGGAGGACGUGCUGGGUUUGCUUUGCCACUGAUGAUGAUGACAGUGAAGCAGAGUGGGUGCAUCCCUGCAAUUGUCGUGGUACAACUAAGUGGGUCCAUCAGUCCUGCAUACAACGAUGGGUAGAUGAGAAACAAAAAGGAAAUCCUUCCGGCCGUGUAACUUGUCCACAGUGUGGAACAGAAUACAUAAUUUUAAUUCCUAAUGUGGGUACAGUGGUGUUUAUACUAGACACACUUGAUAGUAUUGUCAUAAAAGUGUGCCCUUUCAUGGCUGCUGGCAUUGUUGUUGGGUCCAUAUACUGGACAGCAGUAACAUAUGGCGCAGUGACGAUCAUGCAGGUAGUAGGUCAGGAUGAAGGUAUGUCUGUAAUGGAAAAGGCAGACCCUUUUGUGCUGCUUUUUGGACUGCCUAUGAUACCUAUGGUAUUAAUUGUUGGAAAAACUCUUCACUGGGAGGAUGCUGUCCUAAAUUUUUUGCGACGACAUUCGUACAAAUUGCCUCUUCUUAAAUACAUUCUUCCAUCAGGGCCUUCAGAGGGAACACGCAGCAGUGUAGAAUUUCCUCCCAUGAAUGAUCCCGUUUCUGCAACGCGAGUGCUUUGUGGAGCACUUUUGUUGCCAACUGUGGCAUCAUUAGUUGGAAACAUUUUCUUCGAAACUGUAGAGUCAAAUAUUCAUCGAACGUUGUUGGGUGGACUGGCAUUCGUCGCUGUCAAAGGUGUGUUAAGAAUAUACCAUAAACAAAAACAGUAUGUUCGACAGACGCGACGCAGAAUAUUGGAUUACACGGAAGCGAAUCGUAACGCUGUCAGAAGGGAAGCAGGAGCAGCUAAUCACUGAAAUCAGCGUCAGGUUAUUGACUGAGAAUUGGCAGUUCCUUGCUGUUUGCAUAUUGUUGCAAAUUUAAAUUUCAAGUAACUGGUGUGAAACUUGCAGAGUGUGAACCAGGUGAUGAAUCGAAUAACAAAAUUGUCCAUGAUAAAGCGUUUAGUGAUAACUUUGUUUACAAUUGUUACUGUAAAAUAAAUUAAAAUAUAUGAAACCUGUGUAUCAUUCACUUGCUUUCAUAGCUAUUUUUGUGUAUGUAGCAGUACAGCCAAAAGCAAGGAGUGUUGUUUCUUUGGAAAUUUGCACCUAUGAUUAUUUUGUGGGCUUUUAAACUUAAGUGAAUACUGUUUUCUUUAUACCUGUAUCUUUUUUGAACAGAGGAUUUAGUUUAUGUUUGUUUUGUUGACCCAGCAAAUUUGUAAUAUUCUUGUGGAGUAUCUUAAUUACACAUCUCAUAAAUCAAUUAUCCAAAAGUUUAGUACCCAUUGUUAUUUGCAGAUACUUAAAAAUAUUGAUGAUGUUUGUUGGAAAGUACUCAAUAUCCUUUUAAGUUCUGUUGUUUCGUUAUGAGACUGAAAAUUUGUAACCGGUUUUGGUUAAACCAUGUGGUUAUUGGAUUAAAAACCCUGCAUUAAAACUUUUUACACAGAUUAAUUUGAAAUAAACGAAACACCUAUUACUAACUGGUUCAGCAUCAAUUUGUGUUCUUGUCUGCCUGUGAUACUGCAGUUUCUUGUCUGAGAUAUCCUAGUUGUUUAAUGGGUAGAUAACUGAGAGACAGUGUCAAAGCUUAUGUAUUGGAAACAGUCGUGCCUGGCUAUAUUAAUAACCAUGUCUGUGAUGUGUGUGGCAAAAAUGGUAAUAAUUCUUUUUAAAUAGGUCAUUUUGUGCACUUUGUUGGUGUUCUUUGUACAACAUGGUCCAGAGACAUUUGGAUGACUUUACACAGGGAAAAAUCAUCACGAAACGGGAAGAUGAUGAAGCCCAGGAGUUUGGCAUUGCGCACAACAUUGUUUCACAUGAAUGGGGAACCACAGGCACUGCCAUGUGGAGGAGAGGAGAUGGUCGACCAUGGUCAACAAUAAUAAGAACAGCAGCAGCAGAUGACCGCCACUAAAUUGUACAAUACAGGCAAGAAGGGAGCCACGUCAAACAGCAGGUGCAGUUGUAACUUCAUUUUAAAGACUACAAGGCAACCACCUCACGCCCCACAGUGAUACCUGACUGCAUGGGGGUGAACACACUGGCCAAUGGCUAGUAUGUUGUGUUCUAUUGACAUAUGCGCAUUGGUGGUACCUUCUGCGAUGGUGCCAAGAGCUUAAGGACCUGAGCUUCUAAAAGUGGGAGUCGCACACACUUUUGGAUGAAAGCAAAUUCAGUCUGAGUAGUGAUUCUAGACUUACCCUCAAAUGGUGAGUGGUGAGAUCACAUAAUUCACCCAGGAACAUUGUUGAUGUGAUUGUUUCGGUAGUCUAGAUGUUAUGGUGAGGGGCACAUAAUGUUGCACGUGUGUACUGACCUCAGAGUGUUUGAGCACUGUAUACUCACUGGUCAAUGUUAUUGUGGUAUUGUACUUCUCCCCAUGUUUGUCUCUUUAGGGGUGCAUUCUGUCCUCACUGCAUUUACAUGGAUGAUAACGUGUGACCUUAUCAAACAGUGCAGGCGGAGGAACUCUUGGAAAGAGAUGAUAUCUGUCAAAUGGCCUGCUUGUUCCCUCAACUUAAAUCCCAUUGAGCAUGUCAGAUGCGUUGAGGAGAUGUAUUGCAGCACGCACAUCCACAUGCACCAACUACCAACCAGCAGCUGUCGACGACAUUAGUGGAGGAAUGGAACACCAUUCUAUGAGAACUCCUGGGCAAUUUUGUCUCAAAUCAUGCAGGACGCGUCAAUUCAUCAUCAUGACUUUCUCUGAAAAAAUGUGUUAAGACAUCUAUAUCAUGUGUAUUAAGAAAUUAAAUAUUUUCAUUUUAUCUCUAUUUUUGUAAAUGGUACAAUCCUUUGAAAAAUCUGUAUUUUGUAAGUAACUCUAAAACAGUAGAGAACUAAAAAAAAUAUGGCAGAUGUUUUGUUUUAAAGCUCCAUCUUUGUGUUCAAAUUUAGUUCACAUGCACACACUCACUUAUAGGCUUUCUUUUAACUUACAGAUUUAAGAAGAAAAUACAAAACUUUUAAUUUUUUCCUACAUAAAAUGUUUUUUUAUGAUUUUGAAAGUUGCAGAACACUAACGUCCGUCUUAUGUUACUAGAUGCAAGUGAUAUACUUUUAUUAAAAAAAUCUUCUCUGUUCCAGCUAUCUGUAUUAUAUAAAUAUUUAUUUCUAAAAAUGUAAGAAAUUGCAUUUUUAUGAAUUAUUUACUCGAAAACCACCAUCACUAAACUUAUGAAGAUUGCGCAAAUGUAUUUUUUGGUUAAUGUGUUAGUAGUUACUGCAGCCAAAGUGGGCAGUAUUUUUCUAUGUGAAGCAUUAAAAAGUUUUCAAUAUUCUGCA